AUGGAUUUCUAUACAACAACUCUCGCAGCUCUAUGCGGGCUCUGCGCCGUUCUCGUAUACCACAAACACGGUUUCCGUGAUGCAAAGGAUGCCAACUCAGCUCGCCAGGCCACCGCCUGUCAAUUCCAACGCCGGUUCUUGUUCGUUUAUGCUUUGGCGGUCGGCGCCGACUGGUUGCAGGGACCACACCUUUAUGCCUGGUACAGAUACGACAAACAGCUUCCCGAGGAGCUGGUCGCCCUCAUGUACGCCACCGGCUUCGCUGCCGGCGCCGUCAGCGCGGCAGUGGCUGGACCAUUGAUGGAUUGCCUCGGCCCGGAUUUGGGAUGCCUGGCGUAUUCCCUCUUCGCCUCUACAUCGUGUGGCUUGAUCGAAUCAGACAAACCGUCAAGGCUUCUUCUAGGCCGGGUUUGCGGCGGUUUUGCCACCACUUUCCUCUUCAGCGCCUUCGAAUCAUGGAUGGUCACCAAGUACCACACUCUUGGCCUUGACGACUCGACAUUGCCUUUGGGGACGGUCUUGAGUAACAUGACUCUCGCCGACACAGAGGGCGAGCUUCCUCUAGGACUCAUCUUUGCGAGCUUCAUGUGCGCCAUGAUGAUUGGGUCCACGGUCGCUUCAGGGCCGCUCAUGACUUUUUCGGGACAGAGCGCAACCAGGGACUUGAUAAUUGCGAUGCUGGUUGCAUGCGGGAGUCUGUCGUGUGCAGUACUCCUCGACAGCGAGCGAAUGCUUUUCGGGGUCUUUUGUAUCCUGGAGGCAUCCAUCGGAGCGUAUUUUCCUGUCAUGGGUUACUUGAAGGGCGAGCAUGUCGACGACAAGGACCGAAACCUCGUGUACAGCAUCUUCCGACUGCCCCUAAAUACCUUGGUACUGGUCGCCCACUGUCUCGACACGGAAGGAGAUGAACACCGGGACAGGGUGUUUUUGACGCUCGCUGGAAUGCUGUUGGCGGCUUCAUUGGUCGUCAAACAGAGCCUGGCUUCUUAG